GAGUCAGAUAAGAUAGACCGCGAAACAUUUGCAGAGCUGAGGCUAAAGUUUACAAACAUAACAUCCUAUGCAGACAUCGAGCUAAGAAAGCGAACGCCUGCGAGGUACAAAAAUCACUGCAGCAGUAUUGAUAAAUUUCUUGUCUGAAAAUAAAUCCCUCCUAGUCGAAAAUGGGUUUUAUGUCUACAGCAGCCCAUUUAUCGAUAUUCGUUGCAAUAGUGGCCAUCAUACCCGGCUUGCCACCUUUCCCAACAUUCCCGUUCAAAGAGUUCAGUGUAAAGCCUCCCCGGCGCCUUGAAGGGGUCCUCGCUCCCAACCAGCUUCUCAACAAUCCGGAACGAUGGCUAGAAAACCAACUGAUAGCUCCGGAGUCCAUUUUGGUUCGAGGCAAUAGCACAUUCGCUUCGAUCGCCGGUGGUAAAAUCGUCGAAAUUACCGGCAAGGAUCAGAUCCGAGUGAUCACGAAAUUCGGAGUGGAAUGUCAGGGCCCCUACCAUGAACGCGAAUGUGGACAUCCCCUGGGGAUAGCCUUCGACACCCAAGGCAACAACCUGAUUGUGAUUGAACCGUACUUCGGUAUCUAUCAGGUUCAGAUCAAAACCGGUCAGAAAAAGCUGCUAGUCCCGUUGGAUCAGAUUAUCGAAGGCGGCAAAAAGUCGCGAAAGCCGGGUAUCCCAAUGAACCUGGAGGUGGCGAAGAACGGAGACAUCUAUUGGUCGGAAAUGUCGUCGGAUUUCCGCUUUGAAGAUGGUCUCCAAGCGAUGCUGCUCAACCCGUCGGGACGUCUCGUACAUUACUCGCGCGCUACCGGCCAGAACAAGGUUUUGAUCGAUGAAGUCUUCGGUGCCAGCGGAGUCGCACUCAGCAAGGACGAAAGCUUUGUUUUGGUGGCUGAGCUUGGAGGGCAGCUGAUACGUCGCUAUUACCUGAAAGGUCCCAAAGCGGGAACUCACGAUAUCUUUAUCGACGGACUACCAGGUCAGGUUGAUAAUCUAGUGGAGGAUGAUACGGGUAUCUGGGCAGCCGUUCUGAUUGCCGUAGAUGACGAAAAUCCAUCGCUUUUGGCAAAACUUGCUUCGUACCCGAAUGUUCGGAAGUUUCUCGUACGAUUGAUGAGCAUUCUAGAACUACCGUUUGAAUACCUGUACGAGAAAACUGGAAACUACCUUGCCUUGCGAGCAUCGCAUUUCAUUGGUAACUUCAACAGCGUAUUCGCGCUUUUCCCAAAGCGUGGUACGGUUCUACGUCUGGAUUGGAAUGGUAACAUUUUGGCAGCACUGCAUGGUGACGAUGGCCAGACCAAUUUGGUUGCACAUGCCGUACAGAGUGGAGACUAUCUACUGCUAGGUUCACCGUUGCACAACUCAAUUAGGAAAGUUAAGCUGACCGAUGAGGUGCUGCGGAUUGUGUCGCCAGGACGGAAGAGCGUCCCGGAGGUGACGAUAGAUUUCAGCGAGAAGGAGAACAAGCUGAAGCACGAAGAUUUGUAACAUGACAUGUUGGAGGAAAUGUGAAUAAAUUAGUCAUAAAACAUAUUUCGGUUAGGAAUGGUUUACUUAGCUUAUUAAGAGGCAAAUUAAAGAUU